CUCUAAAAUUUGGCUAAGACGCUAAACAACGCAAAAGAGAGAAUGAAAAUUUUACCUAAACUUGCGCCAAAAUAAUUUGCAAGCUGCAAAAACAUCGAAUUCACACUUGGACACAAUAUGCAUUAUAUACAAAUCGUGUAGCAGUGAACAUAUACCAAGAAAAGAGAAAUUAUAACAAAUAGAAGAACAACGCGGCAAGGCGUGCGAAAAAUAGUUCACCAAAAAGUACGUGGAGGAGGUGGUGGACUUUGAAGGGAAUUGAUAGCAGCUCAACAACAUAAACACCUAGUUAAAAUGUACAGCCACCAUUAAUACUGUAUAAAAGUGGCGUUAGUUUCGGAUUACACGAAUUACGAACGGUAUUUACAAAAUAUGCAGCAAGUGGAUGAUCCGCCAUCGCUGCCCGUGGGCACCGAGGUGAGCGCCAAGUACAAAGGAGCCUUCUGCGAGGCCAAAGUCAGUAAAGUGGUUCGUAACAUCAAAGUGAAGGUCGCCUACAAACAGGGUCUCGGCUCGGGCAUUGUAUCGGACGAUGCCAUCAAGGCGCCACCUGGACAGCUGCGCGUCGGCGCCGUUGUCGAAGUCCGUCAUCCGGAUCGCAAGGAGAAUGUGGAGGCGACCAUAACUAAAAUCCAGGAUUGUUCUCAAUAUACAGUCGUCUUUGACGAUGGCGACAUCACAACGUUGCGUCGCACUGCGCUCUGUCUGAAGAGUGGCAGGCAUUUCAAUGAGAGUGAAACAUUGGAUCAGCUGCCGCUAACACAUCCCGAACACUUCGGCAACCCGGUUGUGGGCGGUCGUCGGGGUCGUCGUCGUGGCCAAUUGAACGAUGGCAGCUCCGACGAUGAUGACGAAAGCGAUGCAAAGGAAGUGGUCAACGAGAAGGAGGAGCACAUUGGCAAAGUGGUGUGCGUGGAGACCGAGUCCAAGAAGAAGGACAAAGAGAAAUGGUUUCCCGCCCUCGUCGUGGCGCCCACAGCGCAGGUCAGCAAACAGGCUACUGUGCGGAUACGCGUCAAGGACGAGUAUCUGGUGCGUUCCUUCAAGGAUGGCCGCUACUACACAGUGCCCAAGAAGGAAGCGAACGAAUUCACACUUGAAAUGGCCAGCAAACAGGACGUGCCCGCUGUGAAGGCAGCUUUCGAAUUCCUCGAAAGCAGCAAAUUACCAGCCCACUGGGAUCGCGACUCGCUGUUCGGCCUAUCCAAUCUGACAAGCGACGAUGAGGGCGAAAUCGAUUCGGACUCGUCGGACGACGAGCCACACGAGGAGAAGGAUCGCUUUGUUGCCCAACUAUACAAGUAUAUGGACGAUCGGGGCACACCAUUGAACAAGGUGCCAUCGAUACAGAGUCGCGACGUGGAUCUGUACCGUCUGUUCCGGGCGGUGCAGAAGCGUGGCGGCUACAAUCGCGUCACCGCCAAAAACCAAUGGAAAGUAAUUGCCGUGCGGCUGGGCUUCACGCCCUGCACCCUCAGCGUCAUGAAUCUGGUGAAGCAGGCCUAUAAGAAAUUUCUACAGCCCUAUGGGGACUUUCAUCGCAAGCUCGGCUGCUCCAUGCUGAUGACCUCUCGCGCCUCGAAUCGCAGCAAGGGGCGCAGUCUGGUGCGUGCCAAUUCGGUGGCCUCACCCAAGCCGGUGGAGACCACGAAAAUAGAAACCAUUAGCAAACUGGCGAUGCCCAAUCAGACCACGGUGGCCGCCAGUGGCGCCUCCUCCACUGCCGCCACAGCGGCAACGGGCAGUAGUGGCGGCAGUGCAGCAACUGCAACGCCCGUACGCGCCGCCUCAACGGCCUCGCAGUCGGCCACUGAGGAAUCGGAGAACACCAGCGAGUCCAGCGUGGCUGUGGAGCCGGUCAAAAAACAACGCAAAGCAUCCGCUGCCAACAGCGGCAAGGUCAAGAGUCUGGUGGAGAAAUACGAGGAGAAAUCAUCGUCCGUAUCGAGCAUUGGCCCAGUCGCAACAGCAGCGCUCAACACGAGCAAUGUGAGCAGCGCAGCGACAGCUGCAGCUGGAGCAGCAUCAACAUCAGCCGGAGCAGGAGGAGGAGGAGGAGCAGCAGCAGCAGCCGCGGCAUCAGCUGCUUCGUCCACAGCAGCAACAACAGCAGCUGCUGCCAGUAUCAAGGCCGAGGCUGAGGCGGAUAUGCCGCUGGCUAAGAUCAAGGCCUCGUCCGUAUCGACGCGCAACAGCAUGGACAAGGAGCCCAGCGCUGGCGGCAGCAAUGCCUCCAGCAAGGCCACCUCGGAAACCCAGCGCAGUCGCGAUGCAUCGCCCACAACGGCGGCUGUCCCGACCGGAACAGCAACAACUGCAGCCAGUACAGCAACAAGCACAGGCGCAUCAACGAAAAAGGAGAAACAUCAACAACGCAAACAGGUGGAGAAAGGCGACGAGAAGCGCGGCAAGCGCAAAAAGGACGAAAUAACCGUUGAAAAAAUUGAUACCGGUGAUUUUGUAGUCGGGAUCGGCGACAAAUUGAAGGUCAAUUAUCACGAGAAGAAAUCACCCAGCUCCCAUGGCAGCACCUACGAGGCGAAGGUCAUCGAGAUCAGUGUGCAGCGCGGCGUGCCCAUGUACCUUGUGCACUACACCGGCUGGAACAAUCGCUACGAUGAGUGGGUGCCGCGCGAGCGCAUUGCCGAGAAUCUAACCAAGGGCUCGAAACAGAAGACGCGCACCAUCAGCACCAGCAGUGCCAACAGUGGCGGUGCACCCGCCCAGGCAGCUAGCACAGCUGGCAACAGCAGCAACAAUAAUAACGGCAACAGCAGCAACAGUGGCCCCAACGCCUCGUUGCCUCCCAAAGAUGGCUCCGGCAAAGCGGAGCAACAGCAACAACCACCUGGACCGGGCACGGGACCGAGUGCCUCGCUGCUCCAGGGCUUGACCAAGACACCAACAUCGUCGGCGGCACUCACCACCCAGUCGGGCAGCAAACGUGGACGCGGACGUAGCGACUCAAUGCCGCCGCGCUCCACAACACCCUCGUCGGUGGCCUCGAACUCGAGUCGCACCAAGUCGCCGGCUGCUUCGCAGUCGCUGGCGCAGCUGAAGCACAAGCGACCCACACGCACGCUGCCCAUGAGCAGCAGCAGCAGCAGCAACAAUCAGGGCCGUCGCAUCUCUGCCUCGGCAUCCAUCUCGGCCAAUGUCUCGGAUGCCUCCAUGGGCAGCGACAGUGACACGGAUUCCGAUGAGCCAGUGCGUCGUCCCAAGCGGCUCAAUGCCAAGGAUGCCCAGCAGCAACAGCAACAGAGCAAGGCCAAGGCAGCUACAGCCAGUGGCAAGAAGGUGGCGCCCAUACGACGCACCACCGGCAGCGAUGACAGCGACGACGACGAUGACGAGGAGCAGCAGCAGCCAACACCAUCGUCAUCCGGCAAGCAACAGUCGCAGGCGGCACAGCAGCAGCAACAACAACAACAACAGGCAACAGCCAUUCAGCGACCGCGCGCUGGCAAUCGUGCCAUGAGCAGCGGUGGAGCGGGCAAGGGGCGUGACUACGAUCUCAGCGAGAUACGAUCGGAGCUGAAGGGCUUUCAGCCGCAGCUGCUGGAGCGCAAAGAGGCCAUCAAGAGCGAGCCGAGCGAUGUGCAGGCCAAGCAGGAGCCCAAGACGGGCAGCUCCACAGAGCAGUCAUCCGAGACGGAUUCCUACAUGGACGAGGACUCGCAGUCCUCUGAAAAGUUGCCCUAUCGCAAGCAGCAGCAGCAGCAGCAAUCGACAACCAGCGAUAAGCGCAAAGGUGCUGCAGCAACAGCAGCUCCAAGCGGCUCCACUGCAGAUCUUGAUACGCCCAUCAAGAAGGAGUCGGAGAAGCCGCACAUCAAGCACGAGACUCUCACUGGCGAGGAUCGCAAGCCAUUCAAAGUGGAGCCCAAGGAGGAGCAGGCAAAGCCAUUCCAUAGCGGCGCCGAUAUCAAGCCAACGACAACAACAUCAAUAAUAGCUCCAGCACGCUUUGGCGCCAACAGCAGCAGCAACAGCAGCGGCGGCGGUGGUGGAACAGCCAAAUGCACCUCGGUGAUCGUGGAGAAGCCGCUGACAAUGAUCAAGAAGACGGAGAAAAGCGAAACGACAACAGCGUCAACAGCAACUGCAGCAGCAGGAGGAGCAGGAGCAGGAGCAGGAACAGGAGCAACAAUGUCGCCUGGCCAAAAGCUAGAGCUGCUGAAGAAACUGCAGGCAGGUGGCUCCCUUGGCUUGGAGCGUGGCAAAAAGUUUGCCGAGCCGGUGCAGCACAAGGAGACGGCCACAUUGAAGGUGGAACUGCCGGCUGCCUGUUCGCCCUCCUCAUCCAGUUCAUCCUCCAGCUCGUUCUGCUCGAGCAGCAACAAUUCGGCUGCCACGUCCGCCAGCCUGAGCAGCUCGUCGGCCACGCGCUCUUUGCCGGACAUGAGCAAGCUGGAGAUAAGCAGCGGCACCACCACCACCACUACAACAACAGCGGCCGCUGCAGCCACAGCCGCAGCUGGCACGGGCAAGGAGUCCAAAUACAGCAACGUCGGUGGUGGUGGUGGUGGUGCUGCUGCUGCUGGCGGUGCUGCCGGCAUCAACAACAGCAACCUGACCAGCGGCAUCAAGCGACUCUCCUCGGACGUGUACGAGUUCAAGGACACCGAACCCUUCGAGUUCGAGAAGCGCAUCUCGCCCAUGGCCUGUGGCACCUCGGUCAUUGCGAGCAGCAGCAGCAGCAGCAGCACGCCGCCGGCACCGGCGCCGGUGAUUGUCAGCGCCGCGGCACGGAAGCAGGCGCUCAAGAUGAUUCCCAUACCGCGGAGCAUCGAGCAUCAGCUGCCACAUGUGGGCCACGAGCCAGCGACGCGUGGCUAUGCCGCAGGUACAGCAGCAGCUGGUGGAGCAACAGCGGCAGGAGCAACUGCUGCGACCAGCACGCCGAGCAAGGCCAAGAAACGCGGCUCGCCGCUCAAGGAGGCCAGCCUGACGGCCUUGGAGAAGCCUAAGCUAAUCAAAGUGGAGCAGCAGCAGCAGCAACAGGCGACCGCAGCUGCGCAAUCCUCGCCAGCAGCCAGUCCCAACAGUGUCAAGUCGUCCGCGGCGUCGGCGUCUGGAGCUGGCAGCAAGGCACAGGCAGGCAAUGCAGCUGGAUGCAAUGCAGCAGCAGCUGGAACAGUUGCUGCCGGCGCACAGCUAACGCCUGGGCAUCCGCAUGCCACGCCCUUCGAUGUGCUGCGCAGAUCGCCCAGCUUCAAUUUGAAUAUCGUGGCCCUCAACGAGGAGCUCGCCCAGACGGUGCAGGAGACAACAAGGGCGCUCAAUGUUGCACUGCAGCCGCUCCCUGAUGCACUGCAGCUGCCAGCAACGCCGCCAGCAGCAACCGGAGCACCUGCAGCUGGAGCUGGAGCUGGAGCUGCAUCUGGAUCAGGAUCAGUUUCUGCUGCCUUCACACCAGUCAUUGCUGUGCCCGUCUCCCCCAAGCUGAGCACUCCACCCCAAGCGAUGGGCGUGGCGAAGACAACACAACAACAACAACAGAUUGUGGGCAGUCCGUUCAUGGAGACGCGCAACGUCUUUGAGCUGAGCACCUCGAACGAGGGCAGCGGCUACAGCUCCGGCGAAUCGAACAAGGACAACAAGCUGGAGAAGCUGGAGAACGUGAAGAUCUUGCUAGCGGGAUCUGGGGCUGGUUCAUUCGAUCUGGACGCGGUCAAGUACGAGCAGAAGCCCACCUCCAUUGCCGACAAGGUGCUCAAGGCCAUCAGCCAAAAGAAGGAGGAGGUGGAGCAGAGCAAAACCAAGAUCCAAACGGAAAGCAACACGGACAAAGACGAACCGCCGCAACAGCAACCGCUUCCGCAUCCGAGCAGCCUCAAAGUGGAACCGAAUAGCAUCAGCUCGACCCUAAAGCUGGACACAUUGAGUCUGCUAAGUGAGCCGCUCAAGGUGCAGACCGGCAGUGGCCUGCCCUCGGUGCUGAGCGAGCUGUACCACCGGACGAGCAGCAGCAACAGUCCCGAAACGAAGUCCAUUCUGGAUGCAUCGCUGCCGGCGAAGAAUAACGAGCUGAGCGAAACCAUACAGAAGCUCGAGUGCGCCAUACAGCGCAAGACGCCAGUGGCUGGCCAGUCGUUGGGCUCAUCUCUAGCUGGAACACCGCCGGUGACAGCAGCAGUGGGCACUGCCAGCUUCUCGGAUGAGUCGAUGGAUAGCACCGACUCCGAGCAGCGUCUGGUCAUUGAGGAUGUCAUUGCCGAGGAGCCGAACACAGCUACCGAACUGAAGAGUCCAAUGUCCGAGGGAGUGGGCGGCCUAAUGGGCAGCGCCCCGGUCAAGCUGGAGCUGGCGGCUGCGGGCAGCAAACCGUUGACGGGCGUCCAGGCACCCAUUGCAUUGAAGCCCGUCUACAUGAUGGGUGUGCCGAUGUCCAUGAAUGUCUUCCUCAACAAGGAGCAAUCCACAGUACCGCCAACAACGUCACCGACACCAACUGGAACAACUGCAACAGCAGCAGGAGCUGGAGCAGCUGGAGCAACUGGAGCAGCAGCAGCAGCUGGAGCAGCUGCAACGCAUACAGCAUUGCCACCUGUGCUGUCUGCACCUGGAGUGCCAGUUGUGGUGCCCGAGAUCCCAGUCUCUGUGGUUGUGGCACUGCGUCACAGUCCGGGCAGCGCCAGUCCCGCCUCACCCAAGCCGGACGCGAAGCAAACGCCCAAGCAAUUGCUGUCCGCCACCGACGAGGGCGGUUUGCUGCUGAAGCCGUACACGGCCCAGGCGAGUCCACCGUUGCCGGAGGCUCAGGCACAGGCUCAGGCACAGACUCAGGCUCAAGCUCAAUCCCACUCACAGGCACAAUCAUUGGCCGUGGAGGCCAAGGCGUCGCCGUCGCCGCUGCCACGCCCAUUCGCACUGUACCAACAGGCCAAGGAGCUGCCCAUGCACGUCUCACCCGCAGCGGGCAGUCCACUGAUCAGCGAGGCCUCCCACACGGAGGCAGCCAUCAAUCUGCUCUGCGAGGAGACCAUACCGGGCAGUCCGGCACCCAACUACAGCAGCAAAGACGAGCCGACGGGCAACACACUUGGCCUGGCACUAGGCACUGGUGGCGCCGCUGUCACUAGCUCAUCCGCCGUCAGCUCCACGCUGACCAUUCCGGGCAUCGCGCCUCUGCCGCCGGACACACCGUCGCCGCGUGCCAACCAAGCGGCACUGGCUGGGCAGUCGGCGCCGGCUGCCUCGGUGUCGCCCAACAGCUCGCCGGAGUCGCCGGCCAGCCAGGACGACAGCAGCGAGGAGACCGGCAGCAGCAAGAAGCACGCCGAGCUCGAGAGCAACAGCGCGCUCAGCAGCCGACGCAAGCGACGCGCCAAGGCGAGCGAAUCGAAUGUCCAAUCCGCUGUCUGUCACUUCCUGGGCAAGCGCCGCAGGCAGCAGAUCAACAACAUGCGCAAGACAGCUGCAACGACAGCUGGCUCCGAUACGGAUGAUACUUCCGAGAAUGUAGUCACCACACAGCGCCAUAGUGCGCGCCAUCAACUGUUGCCGCAGGGGCAACAGCAACAGCUGCAGCAGCAGCAGCAGCAGCAUCAGCAGGAGCACCAUCAACAGCAGCAACAACAGCAACAGCAGCAGCAACAACUGCCGCAGCAGCAACAACAACAACAGCCGGCACAAACAAUAACCAAUACAUCGGGCGUAAGACCAUGUCCCUACAACUUCCUGGUGGAAUUGGAUCCCUCACUCAGCGCCGAGCAGUGCAUAUCGAUACUACGCAAACAGAUUCAGGAUCUGCGCAAGGCCUACAACAGCAUCAAGGGCGAGCUGGCCAUCAUUGAUCGGCGUCGCAAGAAGCUGCGUCGUCGUGAGCGCGAGAAGAAGCAGCAGCAGCAGCUGCAGAGCCAGCAGCAGAGCAAGAUCUGUGCGUAAAACGUAAAUGCAAUCCCAAAUGCAAUACACAUACAUAUACAUAUAGAUGCAUAUGUAUAUACAAUAUGUAGACACGUAUAUAAAUCCAACACAAUUGUAUAUUUGUAUCGAUUUAAGUCCGUUCCGUUCUGCUUCUGAAUUUCUC